GGGUUCCCCGGCCGUCCAGCAGCACUGGGGCGGGGCCGAGGUUGGCGGCGGCCGGGGAGGAGCCGCGACGCCGCUCCCAUGGUGAUGCUGCGGGGAAUUUGCUGACCGUCCCUUGCCAGGUGGGGCUGGCUUCGAGCAGGCCAGCGCGGAGGAGGACCGGCGGGCAGUCUCCUCCCAGGUAGGGAGCGUGUCGCCUGGCCUCGCAUCCCGGCCGCCUGCCUAUCUUGUCUGGAGCUGGGGCCGCGGCGCCUAGGGCGCAGACGUGAGCCUUGGAGGAGCCCCCUUUGUGGUCGGGAGUUAAGCAGAGACGCAGCCGGGACGCUUGGAAGCACCUGGGGACCGAUUAAGAGGAAGGUGAGCCGGUGCAGCUCAUCUUGGGAGCCCCUGACCUCACCUGCUGCUGCAGGCCUGAAGAAUGCGGAUGCCCCUGACAGUGAACUCUGCGUCUGAGUCUCAGGAUCACUGCAUUGGCUCACGACCCUGAAAGGGUGUUGAUCUCUCUGGUCAAGUUCGAGGUGGAAUAGUCCCUGUGGUGUGCCAGCAGGGAGCCUCCCAGGAUGACUGUCUUGCCGAGCAACGUGAACAUGGUGGGGAAGUCCCGGAACUUCACGGUGGAUGACUGCUUCAGCUCUCGGAACACCGUCCUAAAGGGGCAGCCCUUUGGGGGUAUCCCUACUGUAUUGUUCCUCAACAUCACUGUGUGGGUGGUCAUCGUCUUGGUUUACUCCUUCCUCCGGAAAGCCGCGUGGGACUACGGGCGCCUGGCUCUGCUGAUACACAACGACAGCCUGACCUCACUGAUCUAUGGGGAGCAGAGCGAGAAGACGUCCCCCUCGGACAUCUCUCUGGAGAUGGAGCACAGGGACAAGGGCUUCUAUUCCUGGUUUUUCAACACCAUCACCAUGAAGAACGAAGAUCUGAUUAGCAGGUGUGGAGACGAUGCCCGGAUCUACAUCAUGUUCCAGUACCACCUCAUCAUCUUUCUGCUCAUCCUCUGCAUCCCCUCCUUGGGCAUCAUCUUGCCCAUCAACUACAGUGGAGAUGUUCUGGACCGGGAUAGUCACUUUGGCCGGACCACCAUUGUCAAUGUCUCCACAGAGAGUAAGUUCCUGUGGCUACACAGCUUCUUCGCUUUCUUAUACUUUAUCACCAACCUCCUCUUCAUGCUGCACCACUGCUUAGGAUUUGUGCCCAGGAAAAGCUACGCGGUCACCAGGACACUGAUGAUCACCUAUGUCCCCACGGACAUCCAAGACCCAGAGAUCAUCAUUAAGCAUUUUCACGAGGCCUACCCAGGGUGCGUAGUGACCAGAGUCCACUUCUGCUAUGACGUCAGGAACCUGAUUGACUUGGAUGAUCAGAGGCGCCAUGCGAUGCGGGGCCGGCUCUACUACACUGCCAAGGCCAAGAAGAAGGGGAAGGUGAUGAUCAAGGUCCACCCCUGCUCCCGACUGUGCUUCUGCAGGUGCUGGGCUUGCUUCAAAGAGGUGGACGCAGAACAGUACUACAGCGAGCUGGAGGAGCAGCUGACUGAUGAAUUCAACGCUGAGCUCAACCGCGCGCGGCUGAACCGUCUGGACCUGAUCUUCGUCACCUUCCAGGACUCCAGGAUGACGAAGCACAUUCUGCAGGAUUACAAGUUCAUUCACUGUGGGAUGUCCCCCAAAGAGUCCUCAGUGACCACCAUCGUCAAAUCCUACCAGUGGAGGGUAGUCCGUGCCCCACACCCCAAAGAAAUUAUUUGGAAACACCUGUCCGUCCGCCGCUUCCAUUGGUGGGCCCGCUUUAUCGCAAUCAACGCCUUCCUCUUCGUCCUCUUCUUCUUCCUCACCACGCCUGCCAUCAUCAUCAACACCAUCGACUUGUACAACGUCACCCGCCCCAUCGAGAAUUUGCAGAGCCCCAUCGUGACCCAGUUCUUCCCCUCUGUGUUGCUCUGGGCCUUUACGGUGACACUGCCUCUGAUCGUCUAUCUCUCCGCCUUCCUUGAAGCCCACUGGACUAGAUCAAGUCAGAAUCUGAUCAUGGUGCACAAGUGCUAUAUCUUUCUGGUGUUCAUGGUGGUCAUUCUGCCCUCUAUGGGACUGACCAGUUUGGAUGUCUUUUUCCGCUGGCUCUUUGACAUCUACUAUCUGGAGCAGGCCUCCGUCAGGUUCCAGUGUGUGUUCCUGCCAGACAAUGGCGCCUUCUUUGUCAACUACGUCAUCACGGCAGCCUUUAUUGGCACAGGCAUGGAGCUGAUGCGUCUGGGGUCACUCUUUUUGUACACCAUCCGCCUCGUCUUCUCCAGGUCGGAGCCAGAGAGAGUGCACAUCCGAAUGAACCAGGCCAUGGACUUCCAGUUCGGGCGCGAGUACGCAUGGAUGAUGAAUGUCUUCAGUGUGGUGAUGGCCUACAGCAUCACCUGCCCCAUCAUUGCUCCUUUCGGGCUGCUCUACCUGUGCAUGAAGCACAUCACGGACCGCUAUAACAUGUACUACUCGUAUGCGCCCACCAAACUCAACGAGCAGAUCCACAUGGCCGCCAUCCACCAGGCCAUCUUCGCACCGCUCCUGGGGCUGGUUUGGAUGCUCUUCUUUUCCGUCCUACGCCUAGGGUCCCGGCAUGCCAUCACCAUCUUCUGCCUUACCACCCUUGUUGCUUCCAUAAUAAUGGCCUGCGUUGCCACCUUCAUGGGGAGGAUGUCGAAAAUGAGUAACUAUGAGCCCGAGGAGACGGAGACGGUGUUUGACCUGGAGCCCAGCAGCACCUCCUCCACGCCAACCUCGCUUCUGUAUGUGGCCACUGUGCUGCAAGAGCCGGAGAUGAACCUGACCCCCGCCUCCUCCCCAGCCCGGCCCACCUACGGCACCAUGAGCAGACAGCCGGAAGAGGGAGAAGAGGAGAGCGGUGUGAGGGCCUUUUCGAGGGAGCUGGACUCGGCCCGGUUCCAGGAAGGGCUGGAACUGGGGGACCAGAGCCAGUAUCACUGACCAGGACCCAGGCCUCCACCUGGCGACUCCAGCCGGGAGUGGCUGCCAGGGAAAGGGCCUGGCAGAGAGAGGCAGCAGGGUGCCCUGGCCCGCCUCCCCCAACACAUCCUGCAAACUUUGGGAAGGCUCCAGCGGAGCCCUGGCUGUAUCUCUCGGCCACAUGGAGGCCCCGCCUGCUGACCAGCCCGAACGGGAGAUGCUGGGCAGUCUAGAAGGGCCCCCCCAGGAUGGGACGGAAGAUACAGGCAAGCCCCACCUCUUGGCAACAGUGUCUGGAGCCCUGAGCACAGAGACUGAAGGAGGGCUUUCCUGGGGUCACAAGGGAGAAGGUGUGCCUAAGGGAGGAGGCAGGAAGAAGACUCUCUGGGGUCUUCCCCACCCUUCCACCAGCUGCCCUGCCCGAGGAGCUUCUGUGGCUGCCCACCCCCGCCAGCCCCAUCCCUCCCCUGCGGUCUGCGGAGGACCAGAGAGACACGGAGGACCACCUCCUCCCAGCUUCCCUGCAUGGAGAGCCGCAAGGAGAAAGUCCUGCACCCCACCGGCAGGAAGGGAUGGCUGAGACCAUAGACGGGAAGGAGGCGACUGAGCCCCUUUCUGUCCCCCGCUCCUCAUCAGGUGUCCCCAGGAGCCGCAGGGUAGAGACUUGUUCUCUUGUCUGUCCCUGCAAGGGGAGCGGGGCUCAUUAAAUGGGACCUGUGUGCAUUCUGAUGAAAGCAACCUGGGCUGGUUACUGUCAGGCGGGGAGGGCCAGAGGCAGAAUUCAUGGAGUUGGCAGGGGCAGCGGGGAGGGGGGGGUGGGUGUCUUCUCCCAAAAUGCCAAGUGAUGAGAAACCAGAUAUGCCUCCCCCAAGCCCCAGGGCCUAAUGAGAGGACCCCCAAGGUCAAGGAUGUGGCCGCUGAGAACUGCCCCUGCCUCAUGCCCAUCGGAGUGCCUAAGCCCCCAGCCAAGGUGGGGGGCAUAGCUUAGGAGGAGAAGCCCAUGCUGCAGAGCAGGCAGGCACUGACUGGCCUUUCCCAGGGCUCCAAGCAGGAUCCUUGUCUCCUCUCCGGGCCUCCCUGCACUCUGGACUGAAGAGCGGUCCAGUGGCCGCCGGCCUGGUCCUGGCUCAGACACUGCGGGUUCCCUGUGGGCGGUGUCCCCCACGGACAGGCAGAUUCAGGCUGCCCUCCCAAGGCGGCCACCACCCGGGGCCCGGAGAAGCUGAAUCCUGAGUAGGAAGGACUCUGGUGGCACCUUCGCCCCAGGCAGGGAGUUGCAGGCCUCGGCCUCCGGGGACAGGUGGCCCACCAGGCGGCCAGGCCGAGGGAGACACAGAGAUGGGCUGCAGGGGCCUCGGUGGACCGGGACGAGCCGCUUCAGGCAGGGUCUGUGUGCCCUAGAGCUCUCCUCAGCUCCGUCCUCCAAAGGUCUGGGUCCCUGCGGCCAACCUCCUGAAGGUGGGCGCUCGGGUCCCCCUCACCUGGUUGUUGGCCACCGGCUCCCGGGUACACGGGUGCUCCUGAGCCCAGAUCACUUGAGCCUCACUUCUGCCCACAUCCUGGCUCCAGAAGUUCCGAGCUUGACCCCAGAGGAGAAAUAGCACUUGAGGGGCAAGAAGCCCUGCUCUCUGCAGCCCCUGGCUACCCUCCCCCCGCCCCGCCCUGCCCCACCGAGCCCUCACCGGGACUUCGGCCCGAGGGCUAAUUUCCAGAGAGAACCUGGGUCAGCUGGGGAGGAAGCGAUCUUACCCCGUCAAGGUCGGAAUAAGGAGAAAAUUAUCCCCAUAAUCCCAGGCCCACAGCCCUCCUCCCCAAACAUUUCACCAGCCGUCAAGGGGAAGGGUCCCCUCCAGAGCAGAGUGGUCAGGACCCCCGGCCUGGGGCCCUGUCCGCCACGGGGAGGUGGCGACUCCAGGCCCCCCACCCCGCCAGCCCCCAGGUGUCCGUUGGGCACAUCCUGCCGGAAGGUGGCCUGAGGGCUCCCCUUCUCUUGGCACCACUUGCUGGCACCUGGCCCCCGUCUCGCGGUCCCUGCUGGACCGUUCCUGCGGCGGCUGCCCUCCCCUCGUCCCCACAGUCAGCGGAAGCUGCAUAUGGGAAGGGUCCCAGCAGACGACACGCCAGCAGGGCUGGGGCUGCCCGCUCUGAACCUGGGUCAAACGCAGCCUGGUUCUGAGAGAAGAUGGGGAGGGUGUUGGGAGCGUUCGAGCCCCCUGGCGUCUCUACUCUUCCUGGAGACCCAGGGCAACCAGCCGGAGCCCCGGCCACAGUCGCUCCACCUCGCGCGGCCGCUGCUGGGGGCAUGGGUGAGCCUGGGGCCCGCCUCGGCACAGCCAGACCCUCGGGCAUUUCCCUUCCAACCUGUGCCCUUGGCCCACAGGGGUCUCACCCGCUGGCCUCCGCCUACCACCAUCCACACCAUCCACGGCCCCCUUCCCCAGCCGCCCCCUGCCCCAUCUGUCCCCCACGGCCUCCCCCCACCCCCAGAGCCUCGGACCUGCUCCUCUCUGGAGGGAGCUGCCUCCCAGACGGGGGAUCGCCUAGAGUCUUCGAGAAGCGCCCCUCCCUGGGCCUAGGGCAGCUCCACACCUGCCUGCCUCUUCAGACGCUUCUGGAAGCGAAGUGCCUAUUAGCAGCAUUGUAUCCUCUGGGGACCCCAGUGGGGCGUGUGGACUUCCCUUGGCCACCACCACUUAAGGAAUGUGCCAGAACGCCGAACCUUCUUGUUAAUUAACGCUAUGACCGUGCCUUGAAUAAACAAGUCCUCCCAACCUCA